GCCGAUUGUGUUCGUCAACUACUGUUCGGCAAAAAUCUCCAAGGAAAAUAAAAUAAAAUACAACAAAUACCAAGCGUCAGCAGCAGCUGAGGUAGCGGCAUCGGCAGUGUGCUGAGGCAAAAAUAAUAACAAACAAACAAAACAGAAAUUCCAAUGGUGUCACCAGCGGCUCGAUGCCAUUAACCGCCCUAGUGUGCUAUACAUAAUAUAACGGUGCGUUACAUAUACUUGUAUACAGUUGAGUACAUGUGUACUUGUAUUUCCCAGAGCUUCCAAGUAUGUAUGUAUAUACAUGGAUGUUUGUUUUGUUGUUGUUGUUGGUAUUGGUUCGUGUGUAUGGAGUGCGUACACCUUAGCGUUCGCUUCCGUUUCCUUCCAGUUUGUGUGCUUGUUUGUUAUUGUUGUUGUUGUACGCGCGCCUGGAAGCGGCGCGGGAAAUCCAAUAUACUCACACGCACACUCACACGAACACUACUGCUUCCGGUACUUCCAAUCGGCUGCUGGCUGGUUGAUGGAUACUACAUUUUGUUGUUGUUGCUGUUGUUGUUUGUGUGGACGCGCGCAAAAUCUGCUUGACUUGACUUGACUCGGCUAGACUUGGGUGUGCGUGUGUGCGUUUGUUUAUAUUUAUAUGCGCCCGAUUCGCCUCGUGUGCCGACGACGACGACGACGAUGUUGCUAGCAACGACGACACCGAGCUCAUAUGGCUCAGUGCUGAGCGACUGGAGCGCCGCAGCUAUUGUCAUUCCAUAGUCGAGUGUUGUCGCAGCAGGAUCACAGUUUCCUUGCACGCGUCACAUAUUUUUUGUGCUCGCUUUUUUGUGAUUUGUGAUUUUUGUGUAUGUGUGUGUGUGUGCUACAGCAUAAAGCCAAAGGAUACAUGAACGCAAUUGAAAGCAAAUCAUUUUUGGCAUAAAAAUUAAGCCUCCAAGCAGACAAAAAAACAACAGAAUUUUUCAGCGUUACUUGAGCGGUUUGGUUGCUGACUCCCAGCUGUUUGGGUAUGCCGUAAUGUACCGUUAUUUGUGGCGUUAAUUGCAGGCGAUAAAAAGUGAAAAUCGGUUAUACUAUAUACUACAUAUACAUAUAUAACUCGUACACUAAGUGCUUGAUUGAAUUGUGCAUUGAAAAGGCCAUAUCCGCUUCCGGUUCCUGAACUUGGCGAUGAUGCCACAAGCCGCAGUGAAGAUGCCUAAGUGCAGUGUUUAAGAUACCUAAAAGAGUUAACUGUACUUAUGUGACUUACAGUCGAAACAAAAUUAACUCAACCUUUUAAAGAGAUUAAAUACAGAAUACUGAAACAGUUCUCGAACAGUGUAACAGUGAGUUAAUUGUGACCGUUAUAGUGCUGCAAAUCCGCAAUCAUGGAUAGUUCACCAGAUCUAUCCUUGAAAUUACGUCGCGGUUCGAGCGAUUCACGCGACAACUUCUACAUGGAUUUCGCGCAAGGCAUUGACUCCGACAUCGAAGAGGUGGAUAAUAGCGCUUUGGCGCUGGAACCCCAACAACCACCACCGCCCCCAUUGCCCAUCGUAGCACCCGAAGAUGUGUUGGGCGCCGGUUUUAUACCACCACCACCAUUGGUUAUGCAAGGUCAACCAUUGCCAACACUCACCGAACAUGAUGACUUGCCGCCAACACCACCACCACAGGAGCAACCCAUCGGCAGCGUCGUCGACUCACCGCCAGCAUCGCCAACAUCAUCCGUACUCGAAAUGAUUCCACCACCACCAUUGUCACCACCUAUGAUAACACCACCACCGCCGGUGCGCGUAAUGGCACCACCUUCGCCACCAAUCGAAACCGAAGACGAAGGUGAUGAUGGCGAUGUCGAUGAGGAAGAAGAAGAAGAGGAUGAUGAUAAGUCAACCCCGCCACCGCCGUUACCACCACUACCAUCGAAUUUUUCAUAUGUACAUGGUAACGGGGCGCAUGGUUCUGGUAUACCGGGAGUAGGUGCCGCAACACCACCAAAGUCGCCAUCAACUUCACCAUCGCCACCAGAUACACCACCGCCGUUACCAAUGAAAUUGGCUUCGCCACCACCACCACCACCACCUAUGCACGCACAAAUGCCAUUGCCACCGUUGACACCGCCCUCUGAGAGUGAUCAAUCGCAACCGAAUUCGCCACCACCAUUACCACAGCAUGCACCGUUACCGCAAUCGCCACCACAUUCCACGGGUUCGCCAGCCAGUUCAGUUGGUUCGCAACCGCGUUCGACUGGUUCACAACAACGUGUAGUGUUGGCUUCACCACCGCUCUCUACGGGCUCCCGACCACGUUCCAUAGGUUCGCCGCAAGGGUCGAUUAGUUCGCCACCACAUUCGGUGAGCUCUCAACCGCGUUCAAUUGGUACGCCUCCACGUAGCAGGGAAAUUAUAACAGAAGAUGGUCCCGCUACACCGCCACCAGAUUUCGGUGAGCCAAGUGAUGUUAUUGCUGCUGCGCUGGCUGCGGCUAUCGAAGUGAAAUCGGCUGAACUUAUACAAGGUAUUACACAAGGCACCGCCUACCAUAUGAUUGAUGAGAAUAAAUCAAAUCUGUCAAAUGAAGAUGAGUCUACGACGAUAACUACACCACCAAGCAAUGGUUAUUCCGGUUCCUCGAUGAUUGUGCCACCUGCUGAUCAAUUGGGUGAAUUGGAACAGGAUACUGAUAUGAUGUUGGCAGAUAUACCACCACCAUUAGGCAUGGAAGAUGAAGAGCCAGACGAUAUUCUGCCAGUAGCAAUGGAAAUUGAAGAAGCGCCAACUAAACUGCCAGAAGAACCCAUGGAAGUUGACGAAAUCGUAGAAGAAGAGGAAGUAUUAAGCGAACGGACACCAAUCUCUGAUCGUCAACCGAGUGAAGAUCACACCACCGCGGACACGCCAGCUGACGAGGUGGUCGAGACACGUGGCACACCGACCUCACAGGCCACACCACGCAGCACACCGCUGCCAACACCACCACCAUCCGGUUCGCCCAAGAAAAAACGCAGCAGUGUUAGCAUCAGUGGCGGCAGCGGCUCUGGUAGUCGUGGACCAAGCCGAAGCGCCAGUCGCAGUGGCAGUCACAGCGGUAGUCAUGGCGGCAGCCGAAAUGCCAGUCGCAGUGGCAGUGUACGUGGCAGCAUUGCCUCACGUGCUGGCAGCAUCGCCGCCGCCUCAGUCGCCUCAGCAGCGGCAUCGAUUGCAUCCGGUUCGCCACCGGUCGUCGAAGCAACAGCUCAAGCGGCCGCAGCUGUUGUGGCUUCGCCACAAACUUCCAUCAAAUCGAUACGCAGUCAACCGUCGUCUAUUAAGUCGGCGCAUUCUAAGCACAGCGCUUCACCGCCAAUGAUGAAGAGCCCACCAGAGGGCGAUCGACCACCGGUAAUGCCAUCACCACCAUUGAUGCGCUCACCGCCACACGUCAAGAGUCCACCAUUAAUGCAUAGUCCACCGAAGGUGACCAGUCCACCGCGUGUCUACAGUCCACCAUUGGUGGGUAGUCCACCAACGCGUAAAACGGAUUCUGUGGAUUUGGAAAAGGACGAGGAAGAAAAGCCCGUGAAGGGACCAUCAGUGGGCACCUACAGCGACUCGGCGGCCGCGUCUAGUGAAACCUUAGACGCCGCUUCGGUCGUCUCACCCACAAUGGCUGCCGCACCACCAGCUGCCGCCGCCGCAGCGAGCACAUCGCUCAGCUAUCAGGAUGAACAACAGCCGCAACAGCAUGUGAUGCGCGCCCAUCUCAGCAGUCACCAUCACUAUCACCUGCCACACCAGUUCCAACAUCCACAUCAUCAGAAUCAUCAUACACACGGUGGUGUGCCAGUGGCCACGCCCACUGUGCCCGCCAGCUACGCGGGGACACAGCACCUGCUGCAUCAUCACCACAAAACGAGUCCUUACAGCAGCAGCGCCAUGGAUGAGGAUAGCAGCGGUAGCGUGGGUGGUGCUAGUGGUCCGACGCCACCUGCCAAACCGCCACACAUCCAAGAACGUCGUUCGCCGCCGAGCAGUGCCGCAACCGCAGCCACUCUGGGCACAUCCAGUGUUUUGCUGGUCGCAGAUGCCGCUUCAACCGCAUCGGUGUCGCCGGGUCGUCUGGCUAGUCGUCUGCGCGAUUCGGGCUCACAUCAUCGUGUCACCAUUGAUGAGUCGAAUAUCGCCACAUCGUCGGCGUUAAGCCAUCAGCUGGAUGUUAGAGGUGGUGAUGGUGGCGAUGAUGGUGAUGCUGGCAGUGGCGGUGGCGGUGCAGGCGGUUCAGGACCACCAUCGCCUGGUUCAUCGAAUCGACGUCUCUCCUCAGCGCUGGGUGAUGAUCAUCAGACCGGCCACUUGGCUUUAAUGUAUCAUUCGCAUCAGUUGACCAGCUAUCCGGUGUUGCCGGCCAUCAAGCGAACGCAUCGCCCAUCAUUCAUAUAUCCACCGAUGCCGCGUGUCAGAGCUGGUGAUGCUUUGGCCACACUCUUCUCCGCAUUAUAUGGCAAAUUGUUGGUGGUAAUGGGCAUUGCAUUUCCAAUGGCUGAAGUUAUAUCUACAUAUAUACCGCCUUCCUUCUAUGAGGUGUAUUAUCUUUACUUGUACAUUGGUAGUAUGAUAUUUCUGCUCUUCAUGUAUGCCACACUAUUAUGGGGACGACCGAAAAUACCAGCGAAUAUUACUUCGCCCACCAAAUCGACAUCAAAAGCGCGCUCCUCCACCGCCUCGGAGAGCAUGGACGAAUCGGACACUGACAGCAAUUCGAUGCACAACAAACGCAUACCGACGGUCAUACCCGCCCGUAGGCCCUCGCUGCUGGCACCACUCGGCCGACAGCAUCACUACGGAUCCUUCUAUCUGCGUAUGGGCGCUGUGGCUUUUGGCAUUGGCAGCAUGAUUUAUUCGGGGCUGGAGUUCGGGCAGUAUUUCGAAUUGAAUCCGGACACCAAGUGUCAUAAUGUGCUGUUAGCAUUGACACCGGCGACGCGAAUGGCAUUCAUUUUCAUACAAAUGUACUUUAUAUUCCUGAAUAAUGAGCAAAUCAAGGUCUACCGCUACAAAAUUAUCGCACGCUUCGGGCUCAUGCAUAUGAUCGGCACUAAUUUGGCGGUGUGGCUGAAUGUUUUGAUACAGGAGACGAAACACGAGAUAUUGACAUUCUACAAUCCGGAGAAUCGUACACUACGCAUUUCGCAUCGUAUACCGGGACAUUCGCGUGGGCAUGCUGCCAUACCGGCGGUAAUACCCACCGAUCCAACAGCACACUUGCGUAUACCACGUGGGCUGAAGGGACCCUAUCAGAUUUUCGAGUGUCGCCGCACCAACAUACUUGGCACACUCGUACAGGAUGCAUCGCCGUUCCUCUUCCCCUGCACCAUUGAGUAUUCGUUGAUCUGCGCAGCCAUUUUGUAUGUGAUGUGGCGUAGCAUCUCGCGCCCACCAACACCAGCGCCACAACGUCCGGACACGAUCAGUUCGCCGAUGAAGCGUUCACCGCAUCACUAUUCGGUGGAUUGUGCGCGUGCGCACAAGGGUCUCUUCGUUGGCAUACUCAUACUCGUGUUGACCAUCAUUUCGCUCAUUCUCUUCUUCGUGUUGAUCUCGCGACCAGAUUUUGUCGCCCUGGCCGUCACCGAGGUGACCAUCUGUGAGCUGCUCAUCUACGGCACUGCGACCAUAGCGACACUCAUCGGCAUGAUACAAAUACGACAUCUACAGUACGAUUGGUAUCGCAGCUUCUCGUUGGAUGAUAUUCUAUUGGUUGGCGCGCAGACUGGGUCCUUCUUGUAUAACAUAUUCACAGUGAUUGCCGGACACUUUACGCUGCGCAGUGAUGACAUGCUGGUACCGCUGAAUGCGCUCGCCUCCAUUGUGCAAACUGCCUGUCAGACGCUAUUCAUAUUGGACGCGAGCCGACGACAGGCCAUCACACCGGAGCAUAUACGUAAGAAGCCCGGUCGGGAGAUUGUCACGUUUAUGUUGGUCGUGAAUUUAGCAAUGUGGGCGAUUAGCACGCUGGAGAAGUCACGCGCCGAAUCACAUCCGAUACAGUUGAACUUCUAUGGCCUCUGGGCGUGGACGAUAAUAACGCAUGUAUCCAUGCCGUUGGCAAUAUUCUAUCGUUUUCACUCGACCGUAUGCCUGUGUGAAAUCUGGAAGCGUGCCUAUAAACUGAAACCGACCUAUAUGUGAGAGUUUGCGCGCGAGCGCAUUGCAAGCAUUGCGCAACAGCAACAAUUCUGUGAAGAUCUCAAAACCAAUUUGUCGUACUGUUAUUGCUCGACAACGCUGGCCGGUGGCGAACUCGAGACCGUCGAAGAGGCGGAGAGUGGCGAGAGCAACGGCUACGAAGAAGAUGACGAGGGUGAGGAUGGCGGCAAUGUUGAUGGUGACGUUGGUGGCGCUGGUACCGAUACGACUACAGCGGUGCUGGAGGGUGGUGGUGGCACCGGCACAGUUGCCACAGAAGAAGAGGAAUUGGACACAACCGAUGGUGAUGAGUUAGAGGCGACACAACGACCGAAACAAGUGAAAAUCAAUGGUACCGAAAAGAAGCAGAAACAGCAGGCCAGGCAACGACAUGUCAAACUAGUAGACUGUAAGGAUAACGGUAGUGAUAAUGGUAAUGGUAAGGGCAACGGUGGUGGUUGUGGUGGCGUUGGUGGUGGUAAACCUUCUGCAUUUUGUCCGGUUUUCGUGAUAAAUGGUGAAUGAGUUUACGAGGAUUUUGAGUUCAUCGAUGCGGGCAGUGAUCGUGAGCUCACAUUUGUUUAAGGUGGACACUUUGUAUAGGACUUGAAGUGAGGUGAGGUACUGUAGGAAGGUAGAGAUUUGUGGUCUCGAGCAUAAAGAACUCGAUAAUAGUUAACCUUGUACGAUACUUGCGUAAUGCUGACCUUAUGGAAAGUCAUAUCCUGCAUAUUAAGUACAUAAGUCUUGAACCAAUUUCAGACUAAAAUUGAGAGUAAAGUUUAGCUGAACAUCUAAUUGGGAAAACAAUGCAUUUACUCGCCAAAGAAAUCAUGAAUAUAGAGGCUAGAAAUAAUAUACAUAUUUGCUGGAACACACACAGUUACUUACUAAUAACGAAAAAAAUAGGAGUUUAGUAAAUGAGAUCAGUCAGUAGCUAUAGAGCUGAAGAGUGGAACUUGUACUAUUUUAUUUCAAAUUUCAUUCGAUAAAAAAUCUUAAUUCGUUUAUAAAUUCCUUAAUUUUAAAAUCUAAAUAUCACACUUUUAGUAAGGUUUCUUCGAGGAGGCUUCAAUUGGAAGGUUAUUUUUUCAAGAAAAGAGAGUUGAUGUCGUUAUUUGUGUAUACUCUUGAGGACCUAGGACACAUAUGCGUCAUAAAGGGUAUAUAAAUUAAUAUUAUUGAUACUGAUGCUUGAUCGAACAAUGAGAGAUUCUUACGUGCUAAUGUCUUUUGCAACCCUUACAGAUUUUAUGAGAAGCUUUUUCUUGCAGAAGAAAUACAUUCCGAAGUUUUUCGGUAUUUAAAGGAAUUUCGAUUUAAGUUUGUCAAAAAGCGGGGUUGAACAUUCGGCUUUGAAGUGCAGUACGGAUAUUUAACCAUUACGGCACAACGGCCUGGAUUGAGGCUAACCGAUUUCAUAUUUGAAAGAACACCACGUAACUUUACUUUGUGAAGGUCUUGAACUUCACAGUAAAUUUUGUGUUUUCUUAGCAGUUUUUUGCCAUAAAAGGUAACAAUAGAGCAUAUCGGGAAGUAGCGAAUUAUUGGUAGAGAAAUGUUAUUGAAUCCAAAACAAAAAAGAUAAAUCAGAGAAACUAUAAGCAAAUCCAAGUAAUUUGUAGUUCGUUAAUCAACAGCAAUAUUAGAAGUGUUCUCUAGGAAAUUUGAGAUCGAGAAAUGAGUUUAAAUAACUAGUAUUGAAAAUAGAAAGUGUUGAAGACAUUAAAGAAAAGAAAUCAGAAAAGCUCAAGUGAAUUCAAUAUUAGCAAUACACUGCGUAAUCAAAAUGAACAGCAUAAAUGUACGAAAUAGUUCAGUUCGAAACUAAAAACUACUAGGGAAUAUAUACAUACAUACAUAUUAGACAAAAAUAGAAAAAAAAGUAUUUGAAAUAAAACGAGUUGUAAAUUUAAUGAAUUUUUAGUAAACAAGUAUAAAGUGAAAACAAAAAAACAAAUAAUAAUGAUAAUGAAAAAUCUAUGCACCGAUAUACGGACCCACCAUAAACCACCAUUUCGAACAAAAUUUUCAUUGGCAUACAAAGCAAAUAAAUAAAAAAAACGAAUUAAAUUAAUUGAAAACGAAUUUCAAAAAUCGGAGAGAAAAUUGUGAAACGAAAUGAAGAACAAAUAAAGAACCCACACAUGCAACUACACUCAACUAAAUAACAUGAUAACCUUACAAACAUACAACCAUAACUGCAUACAGAACAAGUAUUUUUCGAUGAAAAGAUUAAUUGAUUUUACGAUUUUACAAAACCAACAAACAAAAAAAUGAAAAAAUAAAGUGAUGUCAUAUUUUCUUUCAAUUUUACCUAUAACAAAGAUCGAAGCAACAAUAUACAUACAUACAUAUUAUAUAUAUAGAAAUUCAUAGAAAAAAUAAUAAUACUAAAAUAAUACUAAUCCUCGAAGUGAUAGUUUGUUUAAAGAAGAAAAACCGAAAAACCGAAAAACGCAUGUAAAACCGUUAUAUCAUGUUCAAACAAAUAAUAGUCAUAAAAAUCGAUAUGUAAUAAUGUAAUCUUCAAUACACGUAAUGGUAUAAGUCAAAAUCAAUGAGCAACAAAAUAUUGUAAACACAUACAUAAUAUAACUACACAUAUAGAUUUGGAAUGAAAGCAAAAACAUAACCUUAAAGCAAAUCUAGUGAAUACCAUGAGAAAUAAUGCGUAUGUAGUUGUAUUCAUCGAUACUAUUUGUAUAGACUGAUUGUGUGUUCACUGCAAAUAAGUUUAAUUAAAAAAGUAGAGAAACUUAAAUUUCAAAAGAGUCAUAGAAAACAAAAACUGAAGAAAGUUGCUCCUAAUAGAUAUCUCGCGAAAAUAGGUCCUUAAGAAACUAAAAAAAAACACGGCAUUAUGUUACAUGUAUUAUGAAAGCAUUUGAUUUUUUUUUAAAUAAUACUUUCAUAUUUUUAACAAUUAUUAUGAGUACCGAGAAAAAUAUUAUUUUAUGUUGUUUCCAAAUUUGGACCAAAUCAAAAAUCGUCGGUGUAAUAAUCGGUGCUCUCUAUAAUCACUAAUAUGCGGUAGUAGCGACAAGCUUAGAAACUCAAGUAUUCUAUUUCAAGAUAUUUUGAUUUCUCAGUCUCCUUAUUUCGUACUUUCUUCUCAAGAAUAGCUUAUUCGAUGAUGAACAUCGAGAGAAACAUAUAAUCUAUGAGAGACUGUUCCAUAAAUCCACCUUUUUCAACUAUGUUUCGACUGUUAGAGCUACGUGGUGACCAACUAAUAUAACCUAUUGAAGACAGAUGACAUUAUUAACGAUUUUUUUUUUUUAAUUAGACUAGAGGAAUUAUUUUAGUAGACCGUGAUUCAUACUUAGAAAUCUUCUGACAUCACAACGGACUGACAGCUGUCCUUUGGGACCUUUACUGUGGGUCUUGAUACUCGUUCGAUUCUAUAUUUUUAUAAUAACAGUCGAGAUAAAAU